AUGCAGGGCCAGGUGGCUGCUCUCGUGCAGGAGCUGCUCGCCAAAGUGCAGACGCUCGACCCCUCCGAACGGCUGCUGGUGGGCGUCUCUGGCAUACCAGGCUCGGGGAAGUCGAGUCUCGCUGUGCGUCUGGUCUCUGAUCUCAACGCCACGCAACCCUCUCUGGCCAUCUGCGUCGGCAUGGACGGGUGGCAUUAUCCCCGCUCCACACUCUCGACCUUCCCCAACCCACAAGAAGCUUUCGACCGUCGCGGGGCAGAAUGGACCUUCGACGCCAAACGCUUCGCCGACUUUGUCCUUCUCGUCAAGAGCAAUACUUCAAAAACACACACAGCACCCAGCUUCGAUCACGCAAAGAAGGAUCCACUCGAGAACGAUGUUGCCGUGCUACCAGAGCACCGCGUGGUGGUGUUCGAGGGGCUCUAUUGCAAUUGUGAAGAAGGCGAGUGGGCCAGAGCGGCGAGGGGAUUCGAUAGACGGCUGGUGUUCGAGAUGGACAAGGAUGAGGCGAGAAGAAGGCUCGUUGUGCGGCACGUCAAGACAGGGGUGGCCAAAGACGAGGAAGAAGCGAUGUGGAGAGCCGAUAACAACGAUCUUCCCAACGGCGACUGGCUCAUGUCCCAUCUGCUCGAGCCGUACACCGUCGUCCGGAGCAUAGCCGAUCCUUCGUGGCGCUGA